CUCGUCUGUUUAUGUCAUACGUUGGUCAUGAGAUCUGACGAGACUACAAUAUUUAUCCCUGAAAAAAUCCUUUCUUUUGUAUUUCCCAGCUAAAAUUCCUCGUUAAAUUUAACCCUAGACAUGGYUGACAGAUUAAGGCACAAGUCUAAGAUCUACGAAAGGCUAAAUAACCCUGAACUUCGCUGUAAAACUGGGUGUGGAUUCUAUGGUAACCCUGCAUGGCAAGGCUAUUGUUCAGUUUGUUUUCGAGAAGUUUACAAAAAGCAACACCAAACCAGAGAUGUGCAGCUACGAGGAAGUCAACUCUUGACAGAACAAGGAACCAUAGGUCAACAAGAACCAUCUGAAACACAAUUGAAAUUCAAUAAAUUUGAGGAAAAGAAAAAAUUUAAAACUGAAUCAAAAAAAGAGAGUGUAAAGAAAUUGUUCAAGAAAAAGGCGUCUCAAGCAGAAAGUUCAUCCAGACCUCAAGCUAGUUCUUCUGCAACAAGUGGUAAAGUUCAUUCAGACUUCAAAGAAUUCCUAAAGACCCUAAAGCGACCAGCCGCACAAGAUGUCAAUGAUCAGUGUAAAUCGUUUGUACAGAGAUUAUAUAACAAUCCUUCUCUGUCAGUUGAAGAACAAAGUGAAAUGGUCCAAGACUUUUAUGCAGCCAUGGCUGAUCGACUUGAGUCACACGUUGCRUUCAAAGUUCAAUCACAAGAUGCAUUAGACACCACUCUCAGUGGCAUAGAGAAAUAUAUCAUGACAAAACUCUACACAAUUGUGUUUUGUCCUCCUUCAACUGAUGACGAAAAAARAGACUUGGAAUUACAAAAGAAAAUCCGUAGCUUCAACUGGAUUAAACCCCAACAUCUUGAUGCUGCAAUCGAUGAGACAAGUGAAGAAGUUGUGAAACUUUUAGAAGACGCACAACAUGACCUUGCAGAGAUCAACACAAGAAAAGCACCACAAGAUAAACUCAAUUGCAUUGUUCGCUGCUGCAAGAAAAUAUUUAAAAUCAUUCAUCUCUCCACCCCAAGUGGAGGUGCAGUUAGCGCUGACGACUUUCUUCCUUGCUUGAUUUACAUUGUUUUAAAUUCCAACCCUACGAUACUACACUCUAACAUUCAGUAUAUUUCUAGGUUCUGUAAUCCAAAUAAACUGAUGAAAGGGGAAGCAGGAUAUUAUUUCACAAAUCUGUGCUGUGUUGUUUCAUUUAUUGAUAAACUUGAUGCUCAAGCUCUCUCCAUGACUCAAAGCGAUUUUAACAGGUAUAUGUACGGAGAUGAGAGAGGGCCUGGUAAUGAGGAAGAAGAUUCUACAGACAAGGCUGAGCCAGAGCCCCAGGUCUCCUGCAAGGGACUGGACCUCAUGAAGGAAAAUCUGGAGUUACUAGCAACACUGCGUGAACGACAGUUAAAGUUAAAACGAGAUGCUCUAGAACUGCAAGGACAGAUGACCCAGUUCAGAGUGAACAUAGUCAAAGAGGUGGACGCCAUCUUGGCUGGUACAAGUCAUGGGAAUAAAUUCCUCAAAUCAGGAUCUUUCACAGCUACAGACACCGUCGAUGGAUCAUCUACUACAAGCCACACCCAAACACAGUCUUCUUCGACAGGCACACCAAGCACUGCACAGGCAAUGACAUAACACUCAAUAAAUAUUAUCAUAUUAUUAGUUCCUUUU